AAAUUGAUUGGUGAGAUGACAAAGUAUUAUGGAUUAGCUAUUCGGAGACAUCCAGAUUCUAUCGAGGAAAUGAGAAAGGAAAUUUGGGCAACAUUCUUUCACAAGAUUUCCACAGACAGCAAUCCACAGCAUCAAAAUUGUCCUGCAGGCGAAUCUAGUUGGUGCAAAUGGCGGAGAGCUGAGUUUCUCGGAGAGGCUGAGCAAUUCAAACACAAUAAACCGCCUCUUUCUGAAGCAGUUCAAAAAGUCAUAAAGCCAAUUUAUGAGGAUUUAUCCAAAGAAGAAUUGUUAAGCAGAUGCCUGGGAUCGGAAACUCAAAAUAAUAACGAGUCGCUCAAUUCUUUAAUCUGGACUUUUGCUCCGAAGCACCUCCAUUCUGGGCCAAAAGUGGUUGAAAUCGCCACGUUUCUCGCUGUCAUAAUCUUAAACGAAGGAUUCGAAGCUAUCCUGAAGACCUUGGAAACCAUGGGAGUGAAAAUCGGCCCACAAGCUAAAGGAUAUGUUCAACAGCGUGAUAGCUCUCGGAUCGACCGUUCAGAAAGGCGCACGAGCGAUGUUGUAAAACAGGCCCGAAUCGCGAAAAGAGAAGACAGAGCAGCUCUGCGUGACUUCGAAGAAGAAGAGGAAGGCCUUUUGUAUGGUCCAGGCAUAGCAGAUUGACGAUAAGCAGAACAGCCGCAAUCUUGGUUACCGUCAAGCACCUCUUUUACUUGAUGUCUUCCUGUCGGCCACUAUAACUGCUAUUCUAAUAUAUAUUUUGACUUCAAAA